AUGCGCUGGCUAUUCUCAAAUGACGUCUUCUUCUUCAUCACAUCUCUUCUAGUCACCGCGGCAGCCGCAAGCGACACCCGAGUCCACGACGACAGCUUCAUCCCCGAUGAAGUCCUCCGAGUGACACGACAAUACGUCGGCAUCGGAGGCAUCGUACGAUACACAACACUCGUCAAUGGCACGACGCCCGGCCCCGAGCUGCACAUCCCCGAGGACAAGGUCGUCUGGAUCAGAGUGUACAAUGACAUUCCAGACGCAAACCUGACCAUGCACUGGCAUGGCCUCGCUCAAGCUGCCGCCCCCUUCUCCGACGGCUCCCCCAUGGCCAGCCAAUGGCCUAUCCCGCCCGGCCAUUACUUCGACUACGAGCUCAAGACGCCUAGAGGCACCGCAGGAACCUUCUUUUACCACUCGCACGUCGGUUUUCAGACGAGCACCGCAAACGGCCCGCUCAUCGUCGACGACCCAAACCCGCCCCCGUACCCCGUCGACGGAGACCGCGUCAUCCACAUCCAGGAGCUGUUCGACAAGACGGACACGGCCAUCGAAGAGGGCAUGCGCGCGUCGCCGCUCGUCUGGUCCGGCGAACCAGGCGGCUUCCUCAUCAAUGGGAACACCAUCUCAGACUAUCGCAUCGUCGAUCCCGAAUCUGCAAGACUCUCCGUUAUAGAGGUUGAUCCAGGCAAGACGUAUCGCUUCCGCUACAUCGGCGCCAUGGCGCUGACAUAUGCGGCAUUGGCCUUUGAAAACCACACGAACCUCGAGAUUAUCGAGGCUGAUGGCAAGUACACAGAGCCAUACUCGAUGCCAUUGCUGCAGAUCGGGUCAGGACAGCGUUUCAGCACACUCUUCGAGACAAAGACAUGUGAUGAGCUGGCGUCGCUCCAGAAAUGGGAUUUCUACCUGCAGAUAGAAUCCCGCGACCGUCCGAGGACGGUCACCAGCUACGCCGUGCUGCGAUAUCGUAACACGUGUGACGCUCUGCAGCAUCGCCACUUACACGAUCUCCCCGUCUCGACGACGGCAUUGCCCCGACAGAAGCCAGUAUAUCUGCCGCCCACGAUUGAGGGUUUCCUCGAUUACAAACUGGAGCCCCUAUUUCCAAACGACGCUCCCUCGGCCGCCGAGGUAAGUCGCCGCGUCUUCGUUUAUGUGCAGAAGCAGGUAGACAGGUACACCUUGUGGACCGACAACGGCGUGGCCUGGGGCGAUACCCCCGAGAAAAAUGUUGACUACACCAGCCCGCCUGAGCCGUACCUCGUCUCCCUGUACAAAAACGCAUCAAGGUACCUCCCCAACUACGAGGCCGCCAUCGCCAACAACGGCCUCGACCCAGGAACAAAGACGUACCCCGUCAAGCUCGGCGAAGUCAUCGAGAUCGUCUUCCAGCAACUCGGCUCCGUCGACCACAUCGGUCCGUGGGGAGGGUUCCUGGACACGCAUCCCUGGCACGCCCACGGGGGUCACGUCUACGACGUUGGCGGCGGCCCCGGCGCGUACGACCCCGAGGAGGCCGAGGAGCGGCUCCGCGGGACACACCCGGUGCUGCGGGACACGACGAUGCUGUUCCGGUACAAGACGAAAGUCCAGCCGAACCAACCGUGGGGAUGGCGGGCAUGGCGACUGCGUGUGCAGGAUCCCGGGGUGUGGAUGAUUCACUGCCACAUGCUGCAGCACAUGAUUGUGGGGAUGCAGACGGUGUGGGUGAUUGGCGAUACUGAGGAUAUUCUCAACAUAGGGCAACCGGAUGUGAUGGGGUAUUUGGAGUAUGGAGGGAAUGUAAAUGGGAAUACCACGCACCCUGCAAAGGUGGUACAUUAUUUCUAG